CCUGACGUUUGAAUUUGAAAAUAGUAUUAUUCCUCGUUAAAAUCUUUAUCAAGCAUGAAUAAUUUAAGCGAUUUUAGUCAGAUAUCGGAUAUAAAUAAUAUUUCCCGAAUCUCUCGCGUGAACUGUAGUCGAUUAUUAGGUAGAGUAGAUUCACUCCAAAAUUUGUUUGAACAGCAGUGUAGUUUGUCUAGCAACACAAGUAGGAAUGUCCAAUCCAAUCAAGGAUCUAAUCAUUUAGAAAAAGCUGUGAAAUCUCUGACUUUAUGUGAUGAAAGCAUAGGAGAAUACGGAAAAAGUAACAUAAUUACGGAAUGUAUAAAGGAAGCAUCUAACAAUGUAAAAGGAGCAUUGUCAAAUGAUACUGCUACCAAAUUGAAAGGCUUACUUUUAAUUCACGAUCUUAAUAAAUAUAUGCAUCUACCAUCUACGUCAUCAAAUGUGCAGGAGUUAAAUGUUCUGGGAAUCAUAGAUUUACCACAAUAUGAUCUCAGUUAUGAAGAGAAGUUAGAUAUCAAAUCUUGUGUGGAAACAUUAUUACGAGAGAAAAUACAUGAUUUUAUAUUAAGAUAUGAGCAAUUAGGAGGCAGUAUGAAGGAAGUUGUAAGAUCAAAUGAUUGUAAUGCACACAAAAAGGCAUUGGAGCCUUACGACAUGCAAAUACUUCAGUGGAAAGAUAAAAUUGAACAGUUGUGUAUUCAAUAUGAGACGGAUAUCACGAAGUUUAAAACAUUGAUGAAUAAAUGGGAUGAAAUGAAGUACAAAGAUAUGAACAAGAUUUAUUUUGAAAAGGCAGAGUACAUAUUGAUACAAGCUCAAGUGGCAGAAGUACAAGCAAAGAUUACAAAGUUAUCAUGCAUAUUGAAAAUGUAUAAAGAAGCACCAGUAACAGUUGAUGCGCAUAGAAUAUUAAACGCAGCUUUGGAUGAAAAGAUGUUUUCAGUGAUGAAUGAAAUUAAAGAGAAGCAGAGUUUGAAAAGUCAAUAUGAAACUUUACAAAAUAAAGAAUAUGACGAAGUUCUGAAGACUUACUUAGAUUUUUGCAACGCUAUUAAGAAGAAGAAGCAACUAUUACAUAAAUUAAAUAAAGUUCAGUAAAAAUAAGUUACGUUAAGGUCAAUUGAAUUUGUAUAUAAUUUAUAUAUUUGUAUAAAUAAAGAAACUCGCAAUGUGUACAUUGA